AUGGAGAAAAAGCCCAGCAGCAGUUUUGUGCGCGUGAUCAAGAAAGCUGUUUGUUUGGAUGGAUCUUCACCGGACACUGGAAAAGGGAAGAGUAAGUUUGAGUCAUCAUCAUGUACUAAUAAAGUUUCUCAUGGAUUCCACUUGGUGGAAGGACAGUCGGGUCACAACAUGGAGGAUUAUCAUGUGGCCGAGUAUCGGAAAAAGAAUGGCCAUGCCGUCGGUUUGUUCGCGAUUUUUGAUGGUCACCUUGGUGAUCGUGUACCGAGUUAUUUAAAGGAUAAUCUCUUCAACAACAUACUUGAAGAGCCUAAUUUUUGGGAGGACCCUAAGACUGCCAUAAAAAAUGCUUACCGCUCGACUGAUGAAGUUAUACUUGAGAACUCCAUGCAAUUAGGACCUGGUGGGUCAACAGCAGUGACUGCAAUCGUAAUUGAUGGAAAAGACCUGUGGGUGGCAAACAUUGGUGAUUCCCGAGCUGUCUUGUGCAAGGAUGGAACUGCCAAUCAACUUACUGUGGACCAUGAGCCACACAGCGAAAGAAGGAGAAUUGAGAAACGGGGUGGUUUCGUGACUACUCUUCCUGGAGAUGUGCCUCGGGUCAAUGGCCAACUUGCAGUCGCGCGAGCUUUUGGAGAUGAAAAUCUAAAAGCACAUUUGAGUUCAGAGCCUGAUGUUCGUAAUGUGCGCAUUGACUCUAGAACAGAGUUUGUUAUAUUGGCAAGUGAUGGCUUAUGGAAGGUGAUGGCCAAUCAAGAGGCAGUUGAUAAGGUAAGAUCCAUUAAAGAUCCUCAACAAGCAGCGAAGCAGUUAACGUUGGAUGCUUUGACAAGAAAGAGUAAGGAUGAUAUAUCAUGCAUUGUGAUCCGUUUUGGAUAUUGCCCGAAAUAA